AUGUGGCAUGGUGCAAUGAUAAUGCAUGAAGAAGUGACGCAUCGCAUUGGAAUCAUGCUUUUUGAUAAAGUUUUAGAAUCAAAUCAAAGGUUGAGAUUUAUUCCUUUUAAUUUUUAUUUUUUCUCCCCCUAUCUCUCUUUUCUCCACGACAGAUCUGAAACUUCAUCUUCUUCAGUCUCAUCUCUCAUAUCUCUCAUCACUCCCAUCUCUCUCCAAGCUUACUGUUUCUCUCAUCACUCCUAUCUCUUUGCACGCCUCUCUCAUCUCUCCCAUAUUUCUCCCAUCGCAUCUUCUCUUCGUCUCCCAUCACUCCCAUCGCAUCGCACCCCCACAACCACCACCGCGGUCGCCCUCCCACCACCGCCACGUUCGCCCUCCCACCACCGCCACAUAGGUGAGGAGUCAAGGAUCUUGGUGGCUGCAGUAGGCAAGGUUCAUGGCGGCUUGAGGACGGCGGCCAGGAGGAGGCAAACUCAUGACUGUUGGAAGAGGGGCAAGGGCUGCAAGGCCGUAGAGGAGGCGGCGGCUGCAGUCUUAGUUUUUUAGGUUUAGUUUUUUUUUUCUUUUUAAAUUUGGUUUAGUGUAAACCGGGUUGGGGAAAUUGUAGUGGUCUAAAUUUAUUUUUAAUUUCUGGUUUAGUAAUGUAAACCCAAGUUAAUUUGUAACCCAAUUUUAAUUUAUAAAUAAAAUUUAUUUCAUUUUCA